GAUUCGGAGGCUGGGAAGCCCGAGGCCAAGGAGCCGCGUGGUGGUGUCCUGGUGGAGGUCUGCUUCCCAGCCCAGCUGGCGAAGGCACGGGGGUGCCUCUGGGCCCGUCCACCAGGGCUCCACCCUCACGACCUGAAGCACCCCAAAGGCCCCACCUGAUGAUACCGUCACCUUGUGAGGAAGACUUCGUGAUCCAGGCGAAGGCUGAGUGUUACUUCACCAACGGGACCGACCGGGUGCGGUUUGUGGUCAGAUUCGUCUAUAACCUGGAGGAGUAUGCACGUUUCGACAGCGACGUGGGGGGCUUUGUGGCCCUGACGGAGCUGGGGCGGCCGGAUGUGGAGCUGUGGAACCACCGGCCGGACAUCCUGGAGAGAAGCAGGGCUUCUGUGGAUGCGCUCUGCCGGCGCAACUACGCGCUGGGCGCACCCUUCAUCGUGGGGAGAAGAGUGCAACCAGAGGUGACGGUGUAUCCAGAGCGGCCCCCAGUGCUGGGGCACCCCAACGUGCUGCUGUGCGCCCUGACCGGCUUCUACCCGGGGGACAUCAGAGUCCGCUGGUCCCGGAAUGGGCGGGAGGAGAGAGCGGGGGUCAUGUCCCCUGGCCUGAUCAGCAACGGAGACUGGACUUUCCAGACAGUGGUGAUGCUGGAAAUGACUCCUGAGCUGGGAGACGUCUACACCUGCCUGGUUGACCACGCCAGCCUGCCGAGCCCCGUCUCUGUGGAGUGGAGAGCCUCACCUGGAUAUUCUUGGAGAAAGAUGCUACGUGGAGCCGCAACUUUCCUGCUCGGGCUAAUCUUCCUCCUGGUGGGGAUCGCCACUCACUGCAGGGCUCGGAAAGGGGGUGCGGAGACUCAGCCAUCUGGUGACGAGGUCUCAGGGGCUGUUCUCUCACCAGCCCCACAGCAAGGUCCCAGCUGAAGCUUCGCCCUGGAGCCCAAAGUAGCACCGGGUGGCGCUGUCCGUGAG